CCCCAAUUCAAUUCAAGCAUUCAUUCCACCUUUUUAUUUAUUUAACGCGUCAUUACUUCUAAAAAAAGCGAUAAAUCACAGACGUUCGUCGAGCACGCGCUCUAGCAAUUGCCGCGCGGAGUAGUUGCCCUAACGUCGUCGUUUUGUACCAUCUGUUUUGUCAAAUACACACCAAACUUUUGUACAAUUCGUCAAUUCCUUCAUCGGCUCUGUCGUCUUACCUGCUCCAAUUUUUUCCUCUCUCUAAAGAGGCCAGUUUGCUCACGCUUGGUAUUGAGUUUUACAGCUCUUUCAAGGAAACAGAUUUUCACGCUUUUUAUAAUGGAUUUUAUGUUCGGAAAUAUCAAUGGAGGAUCUUCUCAAAUUAACCAGGACAUCGUUAGGUGCCCAUUUUUGAGGAAUAUCAAUCAACCAACUAACUUUUCAUUCUUAACAUCAAUGGCUGUCCCCAUGCCUGUACAGAACGGGAAAGGCCCUAUAUUUGAGGAUGGUCCCAAUUUUGAUGCAGCAUUCAAGCUCUUCCAUGGUCAAAAUGGCGUGGUCCCACUUUCUGGAAAGUCUAUUAACAACGAAAUGUCUUUGCCUGAACCACCACUGGCUCAAACUCAAUUCAAUCCGCUGGCGGCAAAAGCAGCCACCAUUAGCCUAUCUGGUUUUGGCUCCAGUGGGCCUUUCGGGUUUGAUAGUUUCCUUGGAAAAUGGAAGAAAAACAAGGGCUCAAAGUCCUCCAAAAGUGAAUCUUCUUCAAAGGGAGGAAAAUCCCAACACGAAGCAAUGAGCGACCAGUGGCUGCAAAACGGCAACUGCCCCAUUGCCAAAUCCUAUCGAGCAGUCGGAAAAGUCCUCCCUCUCGUUGCAAAAGCCCUUCAGCCACCUCCAGGCAUGAAGUUCCAUUGCCCCCCUGCAGUUGUUGCUGCCCGAGCUGCCCUUGCUAAAACCGCAUUCGCCAAGAACCUCCGACCACAGCCCCUCCCUGCAAAAAUACUCGUAAUUGGCGUUUUAGGCAUGGCGGCAAACAUACCUUUGGGCAUUUGGAGGGAGCACACGGAAAAAUUUUCGCUAUCAUGGUUUGCUGCAGUUCAUGCAGCAGUGCCCUUCAUAGCUAUGCUUAGAAAAUCGGUCCUCAUGCCUAAGACAGCUAUGGCUUUUACUAUUGCAGCUUCGGUUUUGGGACAGGUGAUUGGGUCACGGGCAGAGAGGUACCGCCUGAAAAUGGGUACGGCUAAGGAUAGGGAAAUUGGUGGUGGGCUUUGCAGGGAGGUUGCUGUUUUGGGCCUCGAGGGUGUGCAGGUUCGGGCUGGGUCAUCGUCGUCUGCUGACGUGUUCGGAUGAGGCUGUGGUGUGGGCCCAUGUGUUUUUUAAAAAUCUAUUUCUUAAUUUCUAUUUUUCUUUUGGCUUUGCAUUGGUGGACCUAGCCAUGAUUGGUUUGGUGCAGAAUAAAUGUGUUUUGAAUGAAAUUUGGUGUGUUGUACUAUUAUUGUAGUGUAGUACUCGAGAUGGGAGAUUAUCUUUUUAUAAGUGAUGGUGUGUUAUUUUGUUCUGUUUGAAGGACGUGGCAAUGAUAAUAAAUCGUAUAAAUUAAAGUAAUGAAUGAAUAUUGAUUAGUAUAUAAAAAUUUUUGAA